AUGCCGCCACGGAUAGUAUCGCCGUUGCAUGUCUCGACAUGCUGUAGCCGCGCCCUGCAUCCGUCCACGAACCCCCCGAGCCUCGUCUCCCUCUUCGCCGGCCUGUCCAUCGGCACCCGCAAUGCCUCCAUCCUCGCCAGCCUAAGCGACAACAAGGGAGCGUACAACAAGCGCAUCAGACUUGGUCGUGGCCCCUCCGCCGGCAAGGGCAAGACAUCUGGAAGAGGCCACAAAGGUCAAGGACAGCAUGGUCACGUCAAGCCGUGGUUCCAGGGUGGCCAAACGCCCUUGAUCGUCCAAAGGGGAACCAAGGGUUUCGACAACAAGCGUGCCCCCGUCAUGUCCAAAUUGAACCUCGACAAGCUCCAAGAAUGGAUCGAUGCCGGCCGACUGGACCCCACCAAGCAAAUCACUGUCAAGGAGAUCAUCGAGUCGGGCCUCAUCGGCAGCGUCAAGGACGGCAUCAAGCUCCUCGGCCGCGGCAAGCAAGACCUGCGUCAGCCCAUCGACAUCAUGAUCUCCCGCGCCUCUGCCUCCGCCAUCGACGCCGUCGAGGGCACCGGCGGCAAGGUCCUCACCAGAUUCUACACCAAGCAGUCCAUCAAGCGCAUCCUCCGCGGGGAGAGUCAGAACACGGACAAGCCCCUGCCUGUCGGUAAGGAGUACGUCGAGAGCGUACUCUCCGAGGCCCGCAAGAAGACGUUCGUCUACAGGUUGCCCGACCCCACGAGCCGUGAGGACAUUGAGUAUUAUCGCGACCCCGCUCACCGCGGAUAUCUCAGCCACCUGCUCAAGGAGGGCGAGUCGCCCAGUUUGUACUUCAAGGUUCCGAUUGCAAGGAAGCGCGUCGAUAACGCUGCCAAGGAGGCGCGCAAGGAGACCAAGAAGGUUACCCGCGAUGAUGUCCUCUGGUAG